UAAUCACUGCCAGUUUAAACUCAAACCGCUACAGUACACAGCUCGCCGUGUACACAUAUUAUAGCAAACAGCCAGGGUACAGGGUGAAAGAGAGAAAUGGCGAGGACAGAUAACAAGAAGGGGAAGACCGUCUCUGCUCAGCAGAACUGUGGGCGUCUUCCAGGAUGGAUCUUAGGGUGGAUGUACACCAAUGCCCUCAUUUGUACGUGGGAUGCCAGUUUUAUUAUGUUCCGACCUCACUCGCUACCCGGGGGUGCAUAUUCGUGGAUAUGGUAUUUCUAUAAGUAUUAUGUCGACAUCGACAAGAGAUACGUUGACACAAGUGACCCAUUCGUGAAGGCAAUCAGUCUACAAAACUAUGUUGAAGUAUUACUCAGCAUUAUCACUAUUAUUCUGCACUACAAGUCCAGUCGCCAUACCCGGCUGAUGGCGUACAACGUGAACAUCAUGACCAUGUGGAAAACAGUGACGUACUUCCUGAUGUUUACGGACAUCUGCGGGGCGGGUCAUUGGAUCGGAACGGAUUCCAGCCUCACCCUCACGCUGCUCUUCUACUUCCCUAACGGAGUCUGGAUAGGGGUACCCCUCCUGGCCAUGUACCAUUUGUGGCCGUCUUUUACUCAGGGUCAAAACGAAAAGCAAGGAGGUAAAAAAGACAAGUGAUUGAGCAUCGAGCAGAGAGCCAAAAUAACAAGGCAUCAAAAUAAAGAAUACGGUCACUCGGCCAGUGAAGUCCAUAAAAAAGGGACUUCAGUGUAAAUUUUAUCCCAAAAUAUAACAGAUCAUACAAAGAUUCAUAUAAGAAAUCGCAUGUGAGGAUUAUGAUGUGAGAUUUUUAGGAUGAAUACUCUGUGAAUCGAUUUGAAAUACCGAUGUUUAUUUUUUACAUAACGUGUAAUGGAAUGCAUGUGAAACAGCGCUAUAUAGCUUUCCUGGUCUUUUUCAAAAUUUUGCUAUAUAAGAAUACGCGUCCAGGUGACCUUAUUGCAAACAUGAACAUUUUAAUUGCAAGAUUCAAGAGAGAUAGAUAUAUAUACCUAUGUAUAAAUACUUAUACAAUAAAAUGCUUUCUUUGGUGAUUCAUUCGGGAUAUGAAAGUAGCGAAAUUGCAGAAAAAAUACAUAACCCGCGUUAUCGGGUUUUGUUUUAUCGGCAAUGAUCGCUACCUUCAUAACCCGCAUGAAUCAUCACAGAAAGCAUUUUAUUGUUUAUAAUAACAGCUCUCUUUUAACUAGUUAAUAAAUUGAUUAUGCAAAGUAAGUAAAAUUCACAAAAUUACUUUAAUGUACUACAUAAGUACGUUAGCUAAAAGAAACAGCCAAAUCGUCUUCUGUAAGAAAGCUGACAUCAUCAUGAUUAUUUCGUGCAGUCCGUGACAUUUCGUAGGUCGCUGUAAGUUUUGAUUAAUCGAUAAGCAGGGCCUGUCAAUUUCAGACCUGUCAAUUUCUUUUAAAUUUCAGCCACUGUAGAUUUCGACCAAUCAAUAAACGGGGCGUGUAGAUUUCAGUCUGGCUGUUUCUAUAGAGCUAUAAAUUAACUAUAAGUUUUCGUAAGAAAUAGAGGGAAUAAUACCUGGUAGAUGUAAAUUAUAGCAAUAUGAUCAAACUGCAUGUGCACUGUCACAGCAGUUGAAGCAUGCAUAUAGAAUUUUGUUAAACUGUACAUUUAUUAUAUUUAUUAGAUUAAAUUAUUAUUAAAGUCA